CGUAGUGAAACAGGCGGUUACAGUCGAACGGCAAACGAUAAAUGGUGUAUCGGUCGGUGGAUGUGGGUGGUAUGUGCGAGUAAAAAUCGUUAAAACGAAAAGGUCUGUAUGAGUGUUUAGGAAUGGCCUCUUAAACACGUACACAUACAAACUGACAACAGUGCAAAAAUUGAAAAAAAAGAAAAAAAAAAAGAAACGAAUCGAGAAAAAUUAAGAAUACAACGGGUUUCAAUACGAAGAAAAAUCAAAGCAGAUAAAGUAAAGAAAGAGAGGAGGGGGGGGGACAAAAAAUACGUGAAAAUAAAAUAAAAGAUAAGGGAUGCGAAAGCAUAAGAUUUUCAUAUUGUCGGAAUAUUUUAUACGGCAUAAGAAUGUCUGAAUCAUCGAUGAAAGGACACAACGAUAUUGGACGUUGUAUUAAGUCGAGGGUGGUUCAGUAAGCACGACACCUACGUUUCCAAGAAGACGACGCCUACGUACCGCGCAAACACGUCGAGAACGCAUUGUAACUGACAGUUUUUAUGCAAAUCAAUAAUUCGAGUACGACGCAGCGAUAAAGUUUGCCUUUACUUUAAUAGAAAUAUUUAAUAUCUCUGUUUUCGAACAACGGUAACAAGGACGUUGACGGUACGCAACACUUGGCACUCGAUAACGAGUUUCCUUCGCGAUAGAAAUCUUCACAGGAUUAUUGAGUGUAAAAAAAAGAAUCAAAAGGGUGUUUUCGAUUAUUAAAUGGCUGAUUAUUAAACCAUCUUUUCCGUGACAAUAAUCGGUGCUGCGAUUGCAUGUUUUAAGACAUUUGAGAAAGACAUUGGCGACGUCGAAUUUGCUGGUGCAUAAUGUGCAACGUUUCUGAGAAAGGGUCGAAGACAAUGAGGCGAAUUCAGUUACAAAGUAAUUCGCGGCGCAAAAGACGGCCUUUGCGCAUAGGUCUCUUCAUCGUAUAUGUGUUAGUUCAGUACAUCACUUGUGCAAAAAUACCUGAAGAGCUAACUUCCACUUAUCCCAGUUCUACGGAUCGCGAGGAAAACUGGACCGUGGAAUCUACCUUGGAGUCGUUUACAACCACUCAGGUUGAGAUUGAGGCAACGAAUAAGGAGUCGUUAUCGGUGGAAAGCGUAGCGAAGGAAAUAGAAAAUGAAAAAAAUGAAGAGAAGAACAAGGAGGAGGAAGCGGGCGAGAAGCAACGAGAACAGGAGAAAGGCAACGAAGAAAAGGUAAAGGAAGAAGAAAAAUCGAAGGAAGAGCAUGAAAAGUCAAAGGAGGAAUUAGCGGGAAAGGCGGUAGCCCCUAAGAAAGAAGUCACAACGAUUUCAUCUAAGAAUGUUCCUAGAACCACAACGGUUCCGUCAACGACCACUGUAAAAUACGAACGCGCAACAUGGAGACCGAGAAGAGAAAACUGUUCACCACCAGCGAUCGAACAAUUUCCACGGCCUUUAAUGGGUCCGGAAGCUAGGAAACACGGUGGAUUAAUCAUUCAUAUCUUAGCCGCAAUCUACACUUUUCUAGGCCUUGCCAUCGUUUGCGACGAUUACUUUGUCUCCAGUUUGGACCGAAUUUGCGAAGAACUACGAUUGUCUCCGGAUGUUGCUGGAGCAACUUUCAUGGCUGCGGGUUCCUCAGCCCCGGAAUUGGCAACUGUGGUAAUCGGUGUUUUCUUUGCCAAAGAUGAUAUUGGAAUAAGCGGUGUGAUUGGAAGCGCAGUAUUCAAUAUAAUGUUCGUGAUAUCGAUUUGCGGGCUUUGCACAACAACAGUGUCAAAAUUGAAUUGGUGGCCCCUUUGCCGGGAUUGUUUCUUUUACGCGGUAUCGAUAUUGGUAAUGCUCGGUACAAUUUACAACGAAUCCAUAUCAUGGAUGGAAUCUUUGUUCAUGUUGAUUAUGUAUGGUGUGUAUUGUAUAGCGUUAUCUUUCAACACUAGAUUGGAACGAUGGGCGAAAUCUUACAAUAUACCUUUUCUACCAAAAGACGACGAACCCGCGGAAGAAAGCGCUCUCGUUAGUUACAGAUCGUUGCAAGAGGAUCGAUUGUCAUACACAGGGCCUUGUUCUCCUACGGAUCAAUAUAAAACUCAUGAAGCGGCAACAGGAGGACCAACCGCACCUGAAACGAACGAAGCAGCACCUCCGAAACAACCAGAGUAUUACAAAGCGAAGGAACCAGAUCCAAACGAAAUAUCGCCUUUGGAGAAGCCUACAGAUGGCAGCAAAUGGACACUUUUCACUUGGGGCCUUGUUUACCCGAUUCAUUUCAUGUGCCGCGCAACGAUGCCAGAUUGCCGCCAAGAAAAAUUUCGCAAUUGGUAUCCCUUUACCUUCUGCGUAUCGAUGGUUUGGAUCAGUUUCUAUAGUUACAUCAUGGUGUGGAUGAUCACGAUUAUAGGCAGUACUCUCGGUAUACCCGACACGAUGAUGGGUCUAACGUUUGUCGCCGCUGGCGUCAGCGUGCCUGAUGCUCUUUCAUCGUUAGCGGUGAUUAAAGAAGGGCUUGGUGACAUGGCGGUGAGCAACGCGGUUGGAAGUAAUGUCUUCGAUAUUCUAGUUUGUCUCGGGCUUCCUUGGUUUAUACAAACUGCGAUGAUACAGCCAGGCUCGCACGUGAACGUUACCAGCCGAGGUCUGACAUAUUCGACAGUAUCUUUACUGUCAACAGUGAUAUUCUUAGUAGUAGCGACCCAUUUGAAUGGCUGGAAGUUAGAUCGACGGUACGGAGUGAUACUGAUGAUUUGGUAUUUGGUGUUUAUCACAUUUGCCUCACUCUACGAAUUAAAUAUCUUUGGUGAAAUGAAUCCUCCGUCAUGCUAUAGCACGUUUUAAAAAAGAAAAAAAACGUGAUUCAAUUACACGCAUAGAAGGAUGACGAGGAAAAUGAAGCAUGAGAAAUGAGAUUGAAGAGGAGGAUGAGAAAGAGUAGAAGAGGGGAUACAUGUACGUGUGUUUGUGAAUGUGUGUGCGUGAGUGUAUAUGUGUGCAACAAGCAACCGACAGCAUGCUCGAUGAAAAUGUUCUCAUUGCAUUCGAUCUCAUUACAUUAUAUACAUGCCAUACGGUUAAACCAUAAUGAAAGAUUUUUCGAAUACUUUUUUAUAAUUCUUACAUUUCUUUUCCUCUUGUUUCUUUCUUCUUAUAUUAUAUUAUAUUUCUUUUUCUCUUUUUUAUUCCUUUUUUUUUCUUUUGCUUUCUGUUUCCAAUCUUGUUUCUAUUUUUUCGCUUCUUAUCCUACUUUAAUUUCUAUCUAUAAAUCAGAAUUGCAAGAAAUAAGAAAGGAAUGGGAAAAAAAAAAUUACAAGAUUACAAUUUGCAGCAAGAUCGAAGCGUUUUUUAAAUACGUUUGUCUCGGGAUCUAUUUAUAAACAUGUAUAAGUAAGUACUUAUAUGAUUCGUUUUUUUACUUUCUUUAAAUCGAUUUAUUCAAAUUUGAGCGAUAUAUCUUCCACAAUUUCUACAGUAAUAACAUAAAUUUCACUUUUCAAUCAAUCUUCGCGAACGAACAAGUUUCUCAGUAUUCCAUUGAAUAUUUCUCUUCCACUCGUUGUUUUGCAAAAUGUUAAUCGAGCCUUCUUUUAAAAAAAGAGAAUAAAACGGAAAAAUAGAAAAAAAAAAAAACAAACGCAAAAAAUCAUAGAAGGCUUACUCGUAAAAUGACGUUAGCAUAAUUUGUAUGCUUGAAAACAAUUAAACGGACAAUACAUUUACAGUAUUAAAACGUUAAUAACGUUAAUAAAUAUUAGGCCAUUUAGAAUACAUACAAUAGAAAGAUAGAAGUGUUUCGAUUGAUCGAAUCAACUCUUCGAAUCGUCGAUGAGCAAAAUAUUGCAGACUGAAGACUCGAGACAAUCGUUUUCCUUACUUACAUAAAUCUUUUAUUUCGAUUUUAUGGGACGCGUUAUCCCCUUUCAAAGCUGUUUUAUUAUUCGACUCUUCCCUAUUCUAGUUUUAUGAUGAAAUUACUUUUUCAAUUGAAAGCGAUUCUUUGCUUCCCUUUAUAUCUAUAUAUAUUAUAUAUACAUUUAUAUAUAUAUGAUUAUUCAUUAUACGCAUUUUAAAUAUUUUUCGCAACUUGACAUCGAGUCGAUUUCCUCGCAUCGCGUAAUCAUUCGUCCGUCCGUGCGAUUAUUAAUUCGUUCAUUCGUGUUUUCAUUUCCUUUCCUCGUUAAUUUUUUGCAUAUUAAUACAUGUAGCAGUGUACACUAGCAUACAAAUAAUUAUAUUAUCGUUUUAAAAGUAAUUGUUCUCUUAUUCUAAUCCGCAUUGUUUUUUGAUCACGCACAUACAUGCGAUGUACACACACGUAUUUUCAUAUAGAUACGUGUGUGCGUAUGUUGAUUUGAUGAACGAAUUCUUUUCAAUUAUUACGAAAAAGGAUCAGCUCUAUUCGCGCGGAAAAACUUGACAUUCCUAGAAACAGUUUUUUGACAGAUUUUUCUAAUUAACGCAUUAAUUAUAGAAAAUUAGUAUAUUAGAUAAAACGAUUAAAUCCAAUGAUAAUAAUUCGUAUUCGUUCGAACCAACAAAAGCGAUGUAGAACGUUGAAUAAGGAUUUAUUAUAAUUUUUUUCUUUUCUUUUCAAGUGUUUACAUGUUAUAUUGUUUAUUGUUUAAUUUUUACUAGUUUUAUGAUUACUAAUUUUAUUUAAAAAUAUUUUAUCGAUCAUAGAAUAGAAUUGAUACUUGAUAAUUCCUAUCAUGAAUUAUACAUGUUAUUGAAAUUUUUUUUUUUAAAUUUAUUUUCGAAAUUAAAAUUCUAAUAAAAAUGCUAAUAUAUUCAUGAAACACUAGAAGCCAAAACAAACAAAAAUUGAUAUAUAAAAAUGUUGAUUGAGUUUUAUUUAUUAACUGAAAAGAAAAUUACAUUAAACGAAGCAAGACGAUAAGAGUGACAUUUCUCUGUCUUCAUUACACCAUUGUAACACUCUAUUUCCGUCUUGCUUCAUCUAACUUCGUAAACAUUAAUUUACUUAAUAAUCUCAAUCGACAUGUAUCAAUUUUUUGUUUUUAACCUUUUAUAUAUCUUUUUACGUAUCUAAUUCGAAAAAAAAUCGAUGGACGUUGCUAAUGCUAACUAGCCUAUCGUUUUUAUCCAAAUUAUCGUGUUGAAAUUUAUAAUCUCUUUUUCUCGGUGAAUAUCCAAUCACGCUAAUCCUCGCUACUCAUCUUUUUACGAAUUUAAUUAUUAUAUAUUUACGUUUUCCUUACGCGUUUCUUUUCGCUAUAUUAUCUUUCUUCUUUCACCUUUUAACGUCCUUCAACGAAAAUAUAAAUAAUGUUAUAGAGUUAUUGAGCGAUUUAAAUCGUAAAUGACGAAUGCUUCCGACGAGUCGAGAACGAAUGUUCGAAUGCUGUUAACACUUUAGCAUAAGGCGAAACGCAUAAGGCAAAUGCGUUGCGUAAAAAAAGGUUAUAUAAAUAAUAUCGAUAUCUGCUAAUUAAAGAACCGAUUAACGAAAGAAAAAGUAAGCAUACGAUAUAAGAUAUAAGAUUUAUCAUGUCGAGGUGAGUAUAGGGAUAUAAAAAUAAAACAGGAGGAUGGUUUUGCAGAGAAAUUAGAAUCGACGGAAGAAGGUGAAAGAGAUACAAGGGUACACUUUCAACGAGCACGAGACGAGAUAACAAAAGAGACAAUAAUUAAUGCAGCCUUAUCCGAUGAAAGUAUCUACAACGUUACUCUGCGCGAUCAUUGAGAUCAGCGUGUAAAGGAUAACGAUCGGCAUUCUUCUGUUUCCGAAAUAUUUCGAUCUGUCUGUUGCAUGGCCAUUUUGCAAAGAUGAUCGAUGAUAAAGGUUUAUAGAUUAAUAUAUGUAUAGUAGGGUGGAACGAAGUAUAGGGUAACGUCUUUUGAUGCUAAUCAUAAUUUCCGAUAGUGAAUUAAAAUUGUCUUCUAUGAUGAUAUGUUUAAGUUGUUAAAAUAGUGUUAAAAUAUGAAUUUGAACGACGAAACUUUUAAAUUUAAAACUUUAGUGCUGUAAGCUAUUCAAAAAUUACUUUUAUUCAUUUUUUGUUACAUGUUUAUAGUAAUUUUAGAUAAUAGGAAUUUAUCAAAGUAGACUGAUGAAAUCUAUUAUUUGCUCAUUUAUAUUAGAUAUUCUGAAAUGUCAAUAAAUUUAACAUAAGACUAAGAUAUAGAAUAUUAUAAUUAAUAAUAACAUUAGAGAGACAAGUUUUUUUUUCACUAUUAGAACAUAAUUUUUAUUUUUUCGUUCUACCCUAAUGUAUAAUACUAUACCAGUAGUUGUUAAGUCGAUAACGGACCAGCGGUGAAAUCCAAACGAAAAUUAAACUUACCGUAAUCCGCGACUAACUAAAUAUUAAUAUUUACAUAUAUAUUUAUCUGUCUCCAUUGGUAAGCGUUUUUUCAUACAUACGUGCAAUAUAUGUCACGUACCGCGUACAGUGUGCAUGCUUAUGUGUGACAGAGACGUGUGUACGAGUAGAUAAAAAAGUAUAUAAUUGCGUUCGAGAAAGUACGCGGUAAGUCGAUAGAUCGCAAAGAUCGCGCAGGCGUCUAGCGUAAACUUUACACGUAUGUUAUAUGCACACGUGUUCCAUUGAUAUAGGUUAUGUGUAUAAUUAGUACGUAUAUAUAUAUUGCCUAUAUUGCAAUACGCGUGCACAUACAAUACGCAUCAUUGCGCAUUAUACAUACCUAUAUAGCUGUAGCGAUACAUACAUGUAUAUAUACAAUACGUAACAUGUAGAAAAGUAUAUAUAUAUACGGAUACAUGCGAUAGCUUAGGUUUAUAUAAUUACGGAACGUUCUACGUGUUUGUUCACUACCAUUAUUUGUUAUAUCGUUAGAGCUUCAGGCGAAUAUACGUUGAUAUUUACCAUUAUCGAUAUCAUACAACAUAGCAUGCUCGAUCGAUCGAUCGAUCGUAUCAAUUCAAAUUACACCUCCAUAUAGGGUAUGAAUGUGUGUGUGUGUGUGUGUGUGUGUGUGUGUGUGUGUGUGUGUGUGUGUGUGUGUGUACGUGCAUGUGUACGUGUAUGUGUACUUUAACGAAAAUCGAUUGCAAUUUUACCAAUCGUUCGAUCGAUCGAUAGGAAAGUAAAACGAGAAUUUAAUGCGUUCCAACGUACUUAUACAAAUUACACGUUGGGAAUCCGUUCGAUGAUCGAAGUAUAUAUCGAAGCUUGCUUGAUAUAUAUAAGGUGUUGCGAUGUAAAGUAUAGCGAACUAAGAUGUGUAAAAGUAACGGUGAUGACGUUCCAAAAUCACGUUCGUAUCGUUUUAGAGGAGGAGGAUUAUUAAAUUAGGAUUACGAUCCUGUGAUUCGUGACAUACGAAAAAUUUAUUAGAAAAUAAGGCUGAUUCAUUUGCUGCAUCGAUUAAAAAAAUCAUAAAUUCUCGUUUUUGUUUCGUACAUACCAGACACUGUAUAACUGUCUUGGCAUCAAUCUCUUAAGCUGCAUUUUUGUUAAAAAAAUCGUAAAAAAAAAAAUUUUAUUAAUAUUCCACGUUUUACGAAAAAAUUGCCAGGAUGCUAUUUCUUAUUGAAGCAACAUAUGUUCCUUGUUACUAGGAAAUAUAGCUUUGAAACGCGAAACAAAAUCGAAAUGUUCCUCUAAUUAUAUCGCUUGUGCGUUAAUAAAAUGUUACUUAUAAUUUGAUAUAUUUGUUGAAACAUUCUCAAACAUGUAGGCGAGUAAAGUUUCUCAUUGUUGCUUCAAUGAGGUCGCAGCUUUCUAUGACAAUGAAGUACAGCCGCCAAAUCAUGCUCAGUAUCAUUAACAGAUGAAACGGCGAGAAAAUUAUUCUGUGUGUAUUAUGGAAAAAAAGAAAAAAAAAAAAAAAAAAAAAAAAAGAAAAAGAACGCGUCAAAUAGACUGGUAGGGCAGGGAGCAAAAAGUUGUUCGGCCUUCUCUCGUUGACGGAGAUCGUUUUUUUUUUUUUUUUCUUGA